GGGGCUGUGGCGAUGGGCAGAGAGAAAUAUAGACAUGUUACAGUCACAAUGUCAAAAGAGUUAGUUGCACACAUUUGUCCUGCGAGUGUCGGCGAGUGCUGUUCCAGCGGUUCUUUAAUCCUGUAUGUAAAUGACAGCCAAUAGAUGCUGUUGUUGAGUUGGGCUGGGAUUAGCGGAGGCGAAUGACUUUCAAUUUUACUGGAUUACAGAACAAAGAAAGGGGAAAGGGGACACACUCCUCUGUUAAAGAAAACAGAAAGAAAACGGGGCAAAUUGAUCAUAUAAAUCACGUCGAUUCCAUUCCAGCAGACUACAAACCAUUCGAGAUUAUGACAUUUAAGAAAGUCGCUAUCGCCUUUCUUUAGAUGGGAAUUCAGCUCUCACUACUGUUGGAUUAAACGGAGAAUAAACCUAUUCCGGGAUUGACAGCAUAAGGUAAUUAAACACGGGGAAAUUGAAGAAUGGCACAGAUAAGGAAGCUGGGCUGUGAUGGGAUGAGGACAAACGCUCGACCAGAGCUCAAAGUUCCCCAAGUGUCAGCCAGACAAGAGAUCCUCACCAGCCUAGUGUCUGCCCUGGACUCUGUGUGCUCUGCCAUGUCUAAACUGAAUGCUGAGGUGGCCUGUGUCACUGUGCAUGAAGACAGCGUGAUCGCUGUGGGAACAGAGAAGGGAAGAAUCUUCCUAAACUCCAGAAAGGAAAUACAGACAGACUUUCACAAGUUCUGCAGAGUAACAGAUUUAUUUUCCACAGAAGUGUCCUGUCUGCAAGCAUUGACCUCCAUGAACUCCCACGCCAAAGUUCCUGAAGUGGACUGCAGCAGGACCGGCAAAGACUGCGGGCAGCCGGGCAGACAGAGAGCCUUAACAGACACUCAUUCCAACAUCUUCGUCCUGAGGAAGAUGGUGGAGGAGGUGUUCAGUGUGCUUUAUAGUGAGGCUGUUGGGAAAAGCAGCCUGGUCCCUGUGCCUUAUGACUGGAUUCUCAAGGAUCCCAGCUCAGUGGUUGUCUACGGCCUGCCUGAUGGUGUAACUCUGAGAAAGCCUUCGGAAUACGACACCAAGACCUUAAUGAAGAUCUUAGAACAGAGCAACCGCAUCCGCUUCAUAGUCAAAAGUAGAACACCAGAGGAACCCUCUCGGGAUGCCAAAUCCUGUCCGGAAGUCAACCAUCACUCUUCGACCUCAAAGAGUGUAAGCAACCACGCCUCUGUCAAACCCUCCGUGCAGGAAGCGUCUGCUAGCAACUCCAUGCUCUCCAGCUUCCUGUAUGGCAUGCCCAUGUCCUCCCAGCCCCACCCAGACAGCAAGCUGGACCUGAAGCCCACAUCACUGCACAGCAUAGGUAAAGAGCGGCUGGGCAUGUGGGCGUCCGCUGAAGAGAAAGCGGUUCAGGCCAAGGAAUGUGCUGACAAUGGCGAACGAAUAGGGCUGGCAGCGGAUCUUACCCAGAGCCCUCCCAGCAUCCAUGUCUCCAAGCGCCUUCUGUUCUCCAUAGUGCAUGAAAAAUCAGAAAAAUGGGAUUCAUUCAUCAGGGAGACUGAGGAUAUCAACACCCUUCGAGAAUGUGUUCAGAUCCUCUUCAACAGUAGAUAUGCUGAAGCAUUAGGCCUGGAUCACAUGGUUCCCGUGCCGUACCGGAAAAUCGCCUGUGAUCCUGAGGCAGUAGAGAUCAUUGGAAUUCCAGACAAGAUUCCCUUCAAGAGACCAUGCACUUACGGUGUGCCUAAACUCAAACGGAUCCUGGAAGAAAGGCACGCUGUCCGCUUUGUUGUCAAAAGAAUGUUUGAUGAGCGGAUUUUUACCGCUGCUGGUAAAAUAGCUAAGGAGGAGGGCAAACAGGAUGGUGCCGCUCCUGAGGACGGAUUCCCUGAUGGGCUCAGGGUGCCAAGCUCUUCUCUAGAGCUGGUCAGCAACACUCACAGUAGCAGAUCAACAAGCUCCUGUGUCAGUCCCUUGGCUGAGUGUGAAGCAGGGCCAUCUGGGGACUGUCUGCCUUUGAAAAAGAUCAAAACCGAACCCCCAGAUGGUGAAAUUAUCCAGGUGACAGUGCCAGAGUCCAGUGCUUCUACAGAAGAGCCGAGUGAGCCUCAGGCGGAGCGGGUGACCCCUGACCUCUGUCUUCCCAAGGAGCCUGUAGCAGAAGAUUUAACGCCGAAGUCUACAACACAAGGGCUCAAGAGAGCUGUUGAAGAAGACAUCGGAGAGAUGAUCCUUCAGCUGCGAAAGCAAGUCGAGAGCCUGUUCAGCUCCAAGUACAGUGAGGCUCUUGGUCUGCCAGAACCGGCUAAAGUGCCAUAUUCCAAGUUCCAGAUGUAUCCAGAUGACCUGUAUGUCACAGGGCUACCAGAAGGGAUGACUUUUCGAAGACCAAACUGUUUUGGAGCAGCAAAACUCCGGAAGAUUCUUGCCGCCAGUAGUCAGAUUACAUUUGUUUUAAAGAGGCCAGAAUUGUUGACAGAACAGGUUAAACAUGAAGGUGUCUCUAAAACAACCUCUGAUUCAGCAGAAACUGACUCCAAAGAUCAAUCAGAUGACCCUGGACCUGCCUCCAAAAGACCAGGGUUUUCAGACAGUUUAGAGGCCAAGCUCUCCCGUAUCGACUUGGCGAACACUCUGCGAGAGCAGGUCCAAGACCUGUUCAACAGGAAAUACGGCGAGGCACUGGGCAUUAAGUAUCCUGUGCAAGUGCCUUACAAGAGGAUCAAGAGUAACCCUGGCUCAGUGAUUAUUGAGGGCUUGCCCCCUGGCAUCCCCUUCAGAAAACCCUGUACCUUCGGCUCACAGAAUCUAGAGAGGAUAUUAGCGGUGGCAGACAAGAUCUCUUUCAGCAUUACAAGGCCUUUCCAAGGGCUUAUUCCCAAGCCAGCACCACGAAGAAUAACCAUACUGAAGAAAGGUUACACCCCAAUAAGUGAAGAAGACGAGGUCAACCGGAUGGGAGAAAAAGUGAUAUUAAGGGAACAAGUUAAAGAGCUGUUCAAUAAGAAAUAUGGUGAAGCUUUGGGUCUGGACCGCUCGGUCAUUGUUCCAUACAAGUUAAUCCGUGCCAAUCCAGGCUCACUGGAAGUGUGUGGACUUCCGGAUGAUAUUCCCUUCAGGAAUCCUAAUACUUACGACAUAGUUCGGUUGGAAAAAAUCCUGCAGGCCCAAGAUGAAAUUACUUUCAAUAUCAAAACCCCUCUACAGCCUUUUACAGAGUUAUGCACUCAAUCUUGUAAUAAAGAAGGUAAAGAAGCGUCUACGAAUCGACGCAAACGUAAACGAGUACUUGACAGCAGUCAAGCAUCCAUGCCCACUGGAGCAGACUCAACACUAUCAACCAAUCAGAUACCUGUCAUGCAAUGGCCCAUGUACAUGGUGGACUAUAGCGGAGUGAAUGUUCAAGUUCCUGGAAAAGUCAAAUAUUAAUGAACUUUCUGAUGCCGUACAAAAGACUUCUACCUUUUAAGGGAACUUUUUUUAAACCUGACGUUUCUGAAUGCUAAAUUCAGCUUUCUUCAGAGCUGUGGCAGAUCCUGCGGCUCGCACGUGGAGAUGCCUGUGUGUUCUGGCAGGUAUCAGAGUGUGAACUGUUGGAUGCAGUUGUUUCUGAAUGAAGUGCUUAUGAUGGAAAAACAGCAGUAAAUCAAUCUGCCAGUGCUUUAUUACUUCGAGGAAUAGUACUCACCCUCAUGUCAGUCCAAAACGAAUGCUUUUGAUUUUUUUGUAAAAUGCAAAAAUAGAAAUCAUGGAAAAGGUUUGUUCUGUGUGAAGAUUUGUCAAAAACUGAUAUUUAAAGCAAUGUCAUCCAAAAAUGUAAAUCUGCUGAAAAUUUACUCACCCUCAGGCCACCCAAGAUGUAGAUGGGUUUAUUUCUUCAUCAAAACAAAUUUGGAUAAAUUUAGCAUCGCAUAAUGCUCACCAGUGGAUCCUCUGCAGUGAAUGGGUGCCGUCAUAAUGAGAGUCUAAACAGCUGAUAAAAACACAGAAUAAUGUGGUAAUAAUGAUGAUUUUUUUUUUUUUUUUUGCAAACACUCAGAUUUUCACUUCACAGCACAUUAUUUGAUAGACUGGAGUCAUGUUGAUUACUUGUGGAUUAUUGUGAUGUUUUCAUCAGCUGUCUGGAUUUUCAAUCUGACGACACCCAUUCACAGCAGAGCAUCCACUGGUGAGCAAGUGAUGCUAAAUUUAUCCAAAUCUGUUCAGAUGAAGAAAUGACUCGAGGUUGAGUGCAUUUUCCUGGAAGAGUAACAGCAUACAGGCUUGGAGCGACAUGAGGAGGAGUGAAUAAGGACAGAACUAUUCCUUCAAGAGAUUGUUUGUAAAAGGAGUAGCCGUUAUUUGCAUAUCAGAAGAACUAUAUUGCUUUGCCACCAGGAUUUGUUUUAGCAGAUCCUGGACACAAUCAUGGUUAAAUAACCAUCUCAUAAAGAGCAGUCAGAAGGGGAUUUGGGAUUUGUUUUUUUCCCAAAUACGUCUAAUCACUGUUGGGAUACACAGCCUUGUCUGGUGCCGAGAGCUCGUACAGUAUGUGCAUACUGGAUACGAGUCCUGUAGUUAUCUGGGUCUCAUGCCUUGCAAAUGUUUGUAUUGUUAUUUAUUUAUUUAUUUAAAUAAAAAAAAAUUGUAUAUGCAGGGAAUGUAAUCUACCACAUUUAGUACAGAGCAUAAAGUACUGAAUGACACGACUAAUGAUGCUAAACUAGCUACUGUAUGUAUUCAGAAAGAAACAUCUGCUUCAGGUUUCAGUAUGUCAAGUUGGAAAACCCUAACAUGAUAGCACUAACUUGUAUUCAACUGAGAGACUUUUUGUAUUAUUUUAGCUUUGUAAGUUACUCUUAAGUUCGUUAAAGUAAGGCAAAGUGAGAUAUUUCACGGAGAAAACAUCAUGAAUGUAUUGUUUGUAAAGGAAAGAAUGCUAUAAUGUUAUUAUGUAAUGACUGUCUCUGGAAUCGCCAGUAUUUAUAUGCUGUACCUUAAUGCCAUUUAGGCCUUUCAAAUAAAAUGUGUUGCCUUGCG